AUGGGGCCUCCCCCGAGCACGAAGUGGGAUGAGGCACACGCCCAGGGCUCCGACUACGGCUCUGGUAUGUCGGGAGUGGCUAGGACCAUGACACAUGUCGUCCUCCUAUGCUCCUCCCUACCCGAGCGGGAGGCGGAAGAAAGGUCCGACGGGCGGGGCCCCAUGUCAACCCCAAUGGCCGGGCAUGCCAGUCCCUUCCCCACACACGUAACCCUAACCCUAUCUCCAGAGUCCAGACCCAUCCCCUCGACUCCCCUCCCACCUCUCCCGCCGUCAGCCUUCCUUCCCCUCACCAGACCCCCUGUGCUCCCGUUCGCCACGACAGGCCCCUGCGCUCACUUCUCCACCUCUCCCAUCAACCUCCCAGGCACGAUACCCUGUGCCCCAAGGAGAACGGCGACAAGGCAGUGGCAGUCGUCACCAUGGAAGAAGUUGCAAGAAGAUCUACCACGCCGUCUCCAUUCAGGGAUCUGUCGCCGCGUCGCCGCCUCCCUGCCCUCUUUGCCGCCGCCGUCGUCCAUUGCUGAAGACGCCUCCUCCUCGCUGGCGAGAUGGCUUAUUGCAUGCUACACUGGUCCAACAAGUAGUGUAUUGGUUCCAUAUCAGCAUAGCUUCCCAAUUCAUAUAUGGACUUCAGCAUAUCAGGAAAUAAGUGACCUUUCGCAAAUAAUGCAGUUGAGGGGACUUCUGAAUGUUACUGUUCAAAAAGCGAGAAGGAGGAUUAUUGAUAUAUGCUCCAGACCAUGGAAUGAUUCAUGUCGUUCAUCAAGCAAUGCUAGGCUGUGUAUUAUCCAAGAUAUUAGUACUUGGAUGUGUUCUAUUUUCAUGGAUGUCUUGCCCAUCCUAAUAGAGACCAAUAAACAAAGCGGCGAUGGCGGGAGUUCCGUAUUGGGAAGAGGAAGAGGGCGAGAAGAAAGAAGGCUUGGGUGGUUGUUCCGUAUGCUGAGAAGGAUGAUCUGAAGAACCUAGAAGAAGUAGAGGACAGGACACGAGGAGGGAACAAGAAGCUUCGUUUAUCAUUAAUGUUAUGUGCGAUCAACAAAAACUUGUGCUUCUCAUCCAAUCUUUGUCGAACUAUGUUGAUGUGUGAUUAUGCACUUGUUGGGCCCUAUUGCUGUACACCUGCAUUUCUAGAACUAUUUCGUUGUGCACUUGUUGGGCCUUGAACCUUGAUGUGUAGAGGAGUCGAUGGAUGAUGUAUUGUAAUUCAUGUGAUGUGCUACUGAAAUGAAAUAUAUACAACUAAUGUGUAGUAUUGUACUUGUUUUUUAA